AUGGAAUUUAAAUCUCCUAUGAAUAUGCAAAAAAAACAUUAUCAUAAUGAAAAUUCAUUAACAAAUCCAUAUUAUAAAGAGAUAUUUCAUUCAAGAGAAUGUAUUCCAACGAAUUUACCAUUAUUACAUAAUAAUAAUAAUAAUGAUAAUAACUUUACUUAUCUAAUGACAAUGAGUGAUAAUACUAAUUCUAAUCAACAUUUUAAAUGUGAACCAUCAAUGAUUCAAUCUGUAUACCCUUCCAUAGAAAAUCAAUUCAUACCAUCGUCAUUAUCAUCAUCAUCAUCAUUAUCAUCAUUUACAUUGGCAACAUCGUUAGCAUCGUUAGCGACGACAGCGUCAUCACCAUCAAUACAGACACCAAUUGUAAAUGAAGUGAAAUAUUCCAAUCAUUUGAAUUAUAUACAACAUUUUAAUUCACAAAUGAAAUCCCCAAUGUAUGAUUUAAAGCCUACAUCAAUGUAUCAUCAUCGUAACAAUACUUGUGUUAAUAAUAAUAAUGAUAAUAAAUUUUCGAAACACACUGAUGGAUCAAGUUCAAUAACCUAUGGAUUAAUAGAAACGGUAAAUUCUAAGAAUCCAGCUUUAUUAAUUCAUAAUAAACAAACUUUAAUGAAACGUAAUAAAAUUUAUAAAAAUACUGAAUUGAAUGAUACUAUUAAUUGUAAUUCUAGUGUUGAAGAAGGAGAUGAUGAUGAUGUUGACGGCAAUGAGAAUAAUGAUGAUGAUGAGGAGGAGGAGGAGGAAGAGGAUGAUAUCAAUGAUACAGUUGAAGAGAGUGAAGAUGUCUCCUCCAGCAAUUGUACUGAUGAUAUUCAGCAUUUAUGUCAAGUAUGCGGUGAUCGAAGCAGCGGUAAACAUUAUGGUCAGUAUACAUGUGAAGGGUGUAAAAGCUUUUUUAAACGUUCUGUACGUAAAUCAGCCAAUUAUGUAUGUAGAUCUGGUGGACAAUGCCCAGUCGAUGCACAAAGACGUAACCAAUGUCAAGCAUGUCGUUUAUCACGUUGUUUAUUAGCUGGUAUGAAAAAAUCUGCUGUUCAACGUGCACGAGCUAAUACACAAACUUAUUUAUGUUCAACAACACCAUAUUCAUCUUAUCCAGUUAUUGCAGCUGCAGCAGUUGCUGCCGCUGCUACCGCUUAUCUUCAUGGAACAGUAACUAAUCAUACUCCUCCUACCCUUACUCCUACUACUCCUAUUAAUAAUACUACUAAUGAUACUACUAAUAAUUUUAUAUUAAAUUCUACAUUCACUGAUCAUUACAAUAGAUCAGAUCCAAUCAAAUUAUCAAAUGUAUAUAUCCCAACAACUAGUCAAUAUAUGACCACUUUAAAUGAUAAUAUGAAUCCUUUACCUCAACCAUAUUAUGAACCAUACGAGAAUACAUUGAAUACAUCGAGUAUACACUAUUCAAAACUAUAUAAUCAGCCUAUUUAUACAAGAAGAUCUAUAUCAACUCAUUCAAUGAAUAAACCAAUAGAGAAUAUCGUUACAUCUUAUUUACCAUUUCAUAGUAAUACGAGUAGUAAUAAUACGUCAUCCAUGUUAACCUACGAUGACCAAUCAUCCAUAUUACAUCAUCAUCAUGAUCAUUAUGCAACACGUUUAAAUCUACCACAAAAAUCAUCGUAUGGUUAUUAUCAUCAUGAUCAUGAUCAUGAUCAUCAUUCAAUAUCAUCAUGUUCAACUUCAAUUACAAUGACUACACCAAUUAUGACAAAUUUUAAUCAUAUAAAUAUGAAUUGUAUUCAUCAAUAUCAUACUACUAACAAUACUACUAAUAGUACCACUACUACUACUACUACCACUACUAUUACUAUGACUACUACUACUACUACUACUACCAGUACUAAUACUACUACUAAUAAUAAUAAUAGUAAUCGUAUAAGAUGUGAUUUAAAUCAAGAAUCCAAUUCAUUUAGACAACCAGAUUCAUCAUCAUCAUCAACAAGAUUAGCAUCAUUCACAUCAACUAUACAUCGUCAAACUAUUCAUUCAUUUAUCAUAGAUAUAAAAAAAACAUUAGAAGAAUGGAUACUUAUAAAAGAUAUAACCUAUCCAAUAGAUACUACUACUAAUACUACUAAUACUACUACUACUUAUUCAAAUUAUAAUUAUCAUAUAGAAUUAAUGAGAUUAUGGUCAAAUAAAUUAUUAAAACAAAUCUCAAUCAUUUUAAAUAAAUUACAUUCAUUUAAACAAGUAUGGAUUCAAUGUUUCAAGAAUAUGGCGGGAAAUUCCAAUCCAUUUCAUAAUGAACAUGAAGAAGAAGACGACGAUGAUGACAGCGUCGACGACGACGACGAAGACUAUUUAUGGAUAAAUGAAUUAAUUUCACAAAUAGAAUUCUAUGAAUUACAAGAAUAUGAAGUGAAAACAUCAAUUCAAUUAAAAAGUAUUACACCAAUACCUGAUACAACUCAAAUUAUUAUAUGUGAAUUAAUAGAUAAAGAAUGUGAAUUAUUAUUGAAUCAAUCAUUGGCAACACUUAGUUUAAUGCAUAUUUGUCAAUCAAUUCAUAAUUAUCAAACUGAAGAGAUUAUAAUUCAACAGAUUAAAUCUUUAAUUUACUCCAUUCAUCGUCAUCCUUCUCCUCCCUCUCAUCAUCAUCACCAUCAUCCACCUCCUCCUCAUCAUCAUCAUCUUCAACAACAACAAGAACAACGGCAACGACGACAACAACAACAUGAUACUUCCAAAUAUUACAAACCAUCACCUAUCACAUCAAGUCUCUUAAAUGAUUCUUAUACUAAAUCAUUUGAAUUAUUAAAAUAUACAAUACAUAUGAUGUUAAUCAAACAUAUAAUUCAUAAAUUAAAACAACAAUUACAUCAUAAUAAACAAGUUACCAUAGCAACAAACCAUUGGAUAUUGACAUAUCGUUUAACUCAACGAAUUUAUAAUCUUUUACAAAUUUCUAAUGAAUUAAUGAAUAUACAAAUUUAUUAA